UUGUGAAAAUGGCCGCGGUUCGUUUGGUCUGUCUGGCAGUGGUUUUGGUCCUGGCACUAGGUCAAGCUCUGGAGACCUCCAAAGUAAAGGAUGUUCCCGUUUUGGUCAGGACACUCAAGAACUUAAGCCGCGGUCCGCCACAGCAAGUGGUUACCAAGCGUGCGAAUGUCCAGGAAAAAUGGAUCACCCAGAAGCUGGAUAACUUUGACGAGACCAACACCGAGACUUAUCAAAUGCGUUAUUUAAUCAACGAUGAAUUCCAAACGGAGGGCAGCCCCAUUUUUAUCUACUUGGGCGGCGAGUGGGAAAUCGAGCAGAGCAUGGUCAGCGGUGGCCAUUGGUAUGACAUGGCCCAGGAACACAAUGGUGUCCUUGUGUACACCGAACAUCGUUACUAUGGACAAAGUAUUCCAACCUCCACCAUGUCAACGGCGAACCUCAAGUAUCUGCAUGUGAAGCAGGCUCUGGCCGAUGUGGUCAAGUGCAUUGAGCUUUUGAAGUCGGAGAAUCCCCAGCUGGCCAACUCGAAGGUGCUUUUGGCCGGCGGUUCUUACUCAGCCACCAUGGUGGUGUGGUUUAAGCGCCUGUACCCAGACCUGAUUGUCGGUGGCUGGGCCUCCAGUGCCCCCCUUCUGGCCAAGGUUGACUUCACCGAAUACAAGGAGGUGGUGGGCAGGGCUUUCCUCGAGCUGGGCGGCCAGAAGUGCUACGAUCGCAUCCAGAAUGGCAUCGCCGAGCUGGAGUCCAUGUUCGCCAAUAAACGUGGAGCUGAGGCCAGGGCCAUGUUGCGUCUGUGCAACAGUUUCGAUGACCAGAACGAUCUGGACUUGUGGUCAUUGUUUGGAAGUAUCUCGAACGUCUUCUCGGGCGUGGCUCAGUACCAAAGCACUGGAGACAUUGAAUACUACUGCGACUACCUGUUGAGCUUCCGUGACGAUGCUACGGCCAUUGCCAACUUUGUUUACUGGGGCUGGGGAAUGCCCAGCUGCAUCGAUGCCACCUACUCGAGCACCGUCGAGUACUACCUGUGGGGAGUGGAUCACUUCGACGCAGGUCGUCCCUGGUACUAUCAGACUUGCAAUGAGUACGGCUGGUACCAGAGCUCUGGCUCCAGCAACCAGCCCUUCGGCACCAAGUUCCCCGCCACCCUGUACACGACCCUCUGCGGAGAUGUCUUCAGUUCGCAGUAUGGCAAUGCCCAGAUCAACAGCAACGCGGCACAGACCAAUGAGGACUUUGGUGGUAUGGAGCCGGGAGUGGAGAAUAUCUACAUGACCCACGGCGCUCUGGAUCCCUGGAAUCCGAUGGGCCAUGGCGUCGCCGAGGGAGCCACCCUCAUCGCCAAUGCCUCGCAUUGCUCUGACUUUGGAUCUAUCAGGUCCACUGACUCCGCGGAACUGCGGGCCUCAAAGGAAAAACUUGCUGAGUUAGUGCGUCAAUGGUUGGCCUAAGUGGUUGCCAAAUAUCAGCAGAGAUUUUUGAUAUUAUUUUAUAUAAUAAAGGAAUUAUACAAAUUCA